AUGAAGAGUUCCCCGUUGCGGCGGAAAGUGAAGGCGGAGAAGCGACCGGGGAGUCCGGCGAUGAUUGGCCGAAAAGCCGACGUCGUGCCCCACAUGCCGGAUUACGUGAUCUCCGGUAUAAAUAUCGGCCCGAUGAGAUUUCUCAUCGAGAAUCUUUCUAGAAUAGGAAAGGACGGCAGUCCGAUGGCAUGGAGCGUCAAGAGGUUGUCUGCUGUCUACCAUGAUGCGGAGGAGGCCCUACGAUGUCCGGACAGACAUAGCGUUCCGUUUCGAAAUUGCGCGGCGCGCAUCCCGUACAGCCUAGAUACCUACCGGUCGGCCAGGCACUUUAGCUUUACAUACAAGCUCUCAUAUGGAGACAAUGGCACUGCAACUCGCCCCGCGAUCUCUCACACAGUACCGGAGAGCCCAUCUACUUUAAAACCGGCCGGUUCUACUUUUGGAUUCAAAGGAGGAUGGGGAAAGCCUGUGUUCGGGUCAAAGCCACAGCUAACAUCGUAUGAGAUAAAACAGAGAGAGGAAGUCCUUUCACAAAAUGCUCCUCCAGCCAAAAAUCCGCCUUCAAGAUCGCCGCUGAGAUUUUCGCAACCUCCCACUACUCAGCCCACAGCAGCAGCUCCGGAGUCACGGAUAUCAGGUACAAGCACUAGACAAGAGCAAAAACAGUUCAGAUAUGUUGCUUUGGGAAAUACAACUGCACAGGCUGGACAUCCUCCCACCACGUCGUCAGCAACUCCUAGCUAUACUGAACAUUCCAAUCCGGGCUCUAGACGAGAAUGGGGGUCAUUUGGGUCGAGAUUCAAACGGGCUCCGGCUUCAGAAGGGUUUCGCCCGUGGAAAAGUGUCCCCAUGCAGAAUUCUUCACAGGAUUCGCAAGCGGCCCCGAUAUACAACGCUGUCGCUGAACGUGAAGCAAAAUUUCGUGAAAACCCCGAUAACUGGAAAUUUUCUGGGUUUCGAAGAGUGACCUUGGGCCAUUCAAGUUCAGUAAUUGAUAAUGCCGAUUUGCCACAGCUUCCUAGUAAUCAACCUGAAGCGCGAGCCUCUGAGCAGAAGGAAGAGGCUCCUGUAUCUUCCAAGGAAGACAUUGCAGAGCAAACACACGGGAAAAUACAGAGUCAUGUUCCUGAAACGGACGAAGAAACUUGGCAGGCCCAAAAGAAACGGCGGAAAAAGGACAGGAAGUCGGUAUCGGUACGCGGAGAGCAUGAAGAUGAUGAUACUCCCUUCGGGCGUUCCGAAAAUUCUAGAAAGGACAAGUUUGACAUGGAUGAAGUCGAGAGGAAACGGAUUCGUGAGCAUCGAAAAGCUAGGAAACUGGAAAAGGAAGAGAGAAAAAAGCGUAUACGAGACAACGCCCGUACACCCAUUUUCCUUCCAGAUUUCAUUAGUGUCUCAAACCUUGCCAAUGCACUAUCAGUCCGACCACCUCUGUUCUUAAAAUCGUUGAAAGAGCUAGGUUUUGAGGAAGCUACCUACGACCACAUCCUCGACGCAGAAACGGCAGCGUUAAUCGCUACUGAAUACGAUUUUGAUCCUAUAUACGACACUCAUGUUGAGGAAUUAGUGGCCCAACCGAUUCCGGACGACAUUUCAGGUUGGCCAUUACGUCCUCCUGUUGUCACUAUAAUGGGGCAUGUCGAUCAUGGAAAAACUACAAUUCUGGAUUGGUUACGAAAGUCUUCCAUCGUGGCAUCAGAACAUGGGGGCAUCACACAGCAUAUUGGCGCUUUUUCAGUCACUAUGCCGUCGGGUAAGCAAAUCACAUUUUUAGAUACCCCCGGACACGCAGCUUUUCUUGAAAUGCGAAAGAGAGGAGCCGAUGUGACCGAUAUCGUUAUUUUGGUCGUUGCUGCAGAUGACAGCGUAAAGCCGCAAACGAUAGAAGCCAUCAAGCAUGCAAAGCAAGCCAAUGUUCCUAUAAUAGUCGCUAUAAACAAAGUUGACAAGCCGAAUGUCAAAAUCGAAGCGGUAAAACAGGACCUUGCCCAACAUAGUGUGAACGUUGAGGAUUAUGGCGGUGAUGUCCAAGCUGUUUGUGUCAGCGGGAAAACUGGACAAGGCAUGUUAGACCUGGAAGAAGCAGCAUCGACAUUGGCAGAAAUGCUUGACCUUCGCGGGGAUAAAGAAGGCAACGUUGAAGGCUGGAUUGUGGAAGCAACAACGAAGCCUGCCGGGAAAGUUGCUACUAUUCUUGUCAGACGGGGUACUUUAAGACCUGGUGAUAUCGUCGUGGCUGGCACGGCAUGGUCACGAAUACGAACGCUAAAGAAUGAAGCCGGUGUUGAAGUUGAUGAGGCUCUACCUGGAACACCUGUUGAAGUCGAUGGCUGGAGAGAGCAACCAUUAGCCGGUAGCGAGGUUCUCCAGACGAGUACGGAACAGACAGCAAAGGCAGUUGUUGCUUCAAGGCUGGAAAAAGAAGAAAGUCAACAAUUAACAACUGACACGAAUGCCAUUAAUGAGGCUCGACGCGAGAAAAGGCAACAGGCGCUAGCUGCAGAGCAGGCGAGGCUUCAAAACGAACACGGCGUUAGUCCAUCUAACAACGUCAAAUCUGGGCCCAAAGGUAUUCCAUUCAUUAUCAAAGCCGAUGUGUCCGGAUCCGUGGAAGCUAUUAUGAAUUCAAUUUCUGCUCUUGGGAACAAUGAGGUCUAUGCCAGAAUUAUUCGCUCAGGGGUUGGUCAAGUAUCCGAAUUCGAUAUCGAGCUUGCUUUCGCCUCCAACGGACAUAUACUAUCAUUUAAUCAAAGUAUUGACCCUGACAAGUCGCGGCUCGCAGACGGCUUUGGGGUUAAAAUUUUGGACCACAACAUAAUAUACGAGUUAAUCAAUGAAGUGAAAGCGAAAUUAAGUGAGCAUUUGCCGCCGACUAAGAUACACAGGGUAUCAGGGGAGGCUGAAAUUGGCCAAACCUUUGAGAUUACUGUCAAAGGGCGAGUCAAGACUCUUAUCGCCGGGUGCAGGGUAAACAAUGGUGUUAUCAAUCGUGCCCAUAAAGUUAAGGUUUUACGAGGUAAAGAUAAAACCGUUAUUUAUGAUGGAUUGAUUAAAUCCCUAAAAAAUAUCAAGAAAGAUGUACCAGAAAUGCGCAAAGGAACUGAAUGUGGUCUGGCUUUUGACAACUGGACCGGCUUCGAGGUGGGAGAUCAAAUUCAAACAUAUGAAGAAUUUUUCGAAAAGCGAUAUCUCUGA